CUAAUCAAUGAUUAGCUAAAUCUAUUACCGGAUUUUUUCUUCGAAUGGAGCUUUGUGCAUCCGUGUACUUGUGCAUGAGUGACAGUUUCUGCGAGCUAUUAUUGUAUCUUUGUGAAAGGUUUUGGUUGUCUGAUGGACAGUGCAAGUCCCUCCAACUUAGCAGUGGAGUUAAUUUACAGUGUGCUGUAUAUAAUAUCUCAAGGUUGCAUUUUAUUGCAGGAAAACUACAUUAGGGAUGCAAUUGGAUCUCCAUUGCUUUCUUCCGACAGUAUGCCUAUCCAUGCAGUGGUGAUUUGUGAAGAGAUUUUCCAAGGCAUCUAUAACAUCUCAUUUAAAAUAAGCUUGGUUAGACCAGCCCUUGUUUUCAAGGAAAAUGCUAUUCUCGCAUUAUAUGCAGGAAAUUCUAAAUUUGCUGCAGAUAUACCUUGUGUCAAGGGACCAUUCUUGUUUGAAGUCAGAGUUGCAACUCGGACAUUGCAAGAUAAAGGUCGAUUGCAUCGAGAACCUGCCUGCAAUGGCAGUGGUGCUGGGUGAACAUGUCUUCUUGAGUGUGGGUGAUUACUACUGGAGUGAAUGGAAGGGCCGUUGAUGAUU